CGCGAUGAAGGCGUCGAGCUUACUCUUCGUGGCUCUGGCCGCGGUGAGUACGAAUCACUAUGGAGUCGAUGCGCAGGCCAUCUGCAAGCAGCGCACGUGCACGACGGACACGGGGCUCUUUUGCGACCGAGCGCUCCAGACGUGCCCCGAAUGCAUGGGCGCCGACUCGAGCACGGGCACGACUGUGUGCAAGCCAACCAACUUUAUCGGCACCUGCAACGUCGUCGGCAUUGGUGGCUUUCAAAAGUGCGGCAAGUACACGCCACCGAGCUCGGGCUCUGGCUCCGGCUCGGGCUCUGGGGGCAUUACGCCCAAGCCGACGACCGUCAAGCCGACGCUUGCGCCGACGUUGGCGCCUACGACGCUGGCCCCGACGACGACAGAGCCUGUAGUGACGACGCUUGCGCCGACGACAACGCCGACGGCCACGACCAAGAAGCCGACCUCGACGACGCCAAAGACAACGCCCGCGACGACGACGAGCUCGUCGUCCGGCUCGGGGGCGACGCCGACGCCGACUGCAACGCCGUCGAAUGCUAACAACGCGCACCCCAACUCGACGACCGACUCGGGCAUUAACUGGGCUCUUUAUGGUGGGAUUGCCGGGGGUGCCGUCGUCUUGAUCGCGGUUGUUCUGGUUGUGGUCUUGAAGAUGAACAACCGCGACGACGAUGACGACGAUGAGCCGUACAAGCCGACGGCACCGGCGACGAGCCAGAACUACACGAGCACUGCGGCGGCCACGACGUACGAAGGUGGCAGCGCUGCUGUGGUUGCAGCCAACCUCCGCGCGCAAAUCGACGGUCAGAACCAGCCACAAGCGACGUACAACCCGUAUGGCAACAACAACAACAACCAGUCGCAGACCUACAACAACUACGGCCAGCAACCCCACGACAACUACAGCAACCCGCAGUCGUCGUACGCCCAACCCAACCAAUACAACAACACCAACAACCAUGGGUAUGCGCCUGCCCAGCAAGACUACACGGCCGUCUCGGUCGCGCCGGCGGCCAAGCCCCGCAGCGACGUCACGCACUCAGACGUCUGGGGCAACGUGCCGUCGAGCUACCAAGACGGCACACCGACGGCCAAGAACAAGCUCGCCCACCCGGCGCCGACCCAUGCCAGCGACGUGCGCGACAACGAGACGCGCCUCUCGGUUGAGUUUUAAACCGACGCAAACUGCUUUCCCCUUAACGUUGACGUGGCGUGUGUCUUGUGAAUCGAUA